CCUGCUCUGCGGCUCUAUGGCAAACGCCUCACCUACGUCGACAUCUCCGUCUACGUAGGCAUGUCCUUCUGCUCAACGGCGCGCGACAUCUUCCUCCCGCACUACAUCGCAAAGGAGCUCGCGGCCCGACGUGUGGGCAAUGCCUGCUUCGCACUGGAAUCCUACACAGGGCCCCUACCCCCGCUCAUGGCCAUCCGCCUCUAUCUCUCCCACCUGGACCCACAUCUCACAGGCGGGUGUGAGAUUGCGCUCGACGUGCGCCCCUCCGCUCUCGACGAACUGGAGAUGAUUCAGCACAUCUUCCUCCGUCGGGCGCUCCACGUCAGCAAGCGUUCACAGAUCGCACCCCUCCACUCGGAGACUGGAAUAUGGCCCCUGCGCUUCCGCCGCCUGGAGCUCGCACUGCGCUUCUUGCGCUAUCUCCUUACAGGCCAGCCCGCGCUUGCGUACGCGGCACUGCGUGAGAGCUGGACGCUCGCGAACUCCGACCGACCUACGCCAACAUGGUGGAGCGACCUCACCAUCGCCGCGCGCAUGCUGCCCGUACCCCUCGUCAUCGCCCUGAACCAAUGGCCCACAGUCGAGGCCGUUGACGGCUACAUUGCGAGAAUCCCAGGGCUCGUGGCCGAGCACCUUUAUACCACCAUCCUCCAAUCCCUGCGCCUGCCGGUGAUACACCGCCGUGUGCAGUAUGACUGCCCCGCCCGCCCGCUCAUCGCCAAGCUGUGCUGCAAGCGCGAAUACCUACAGCUCCCCCACCACCGCGAGCGAUCCGCCAUCACUCUGCUCCUCAUGAGCGAGCAUCCGCUCUCCAUCGAGCAGCUCCGGCGGGGUCCCACGCGCGUUGCGCGCGAACUCCGCAUCUGCCGAUGGUGCACGCAACCCUGGGCCAUCGAGGACGAGACCCACGUACUCCUAGAGUGCGACGCCGACGCCCCGCGCGGCCUCCGCGAGGUCUUCCUCCAAGCCGUCUUCACGGCGGUGCCCUCCUUACGAAAGGCGCAUUUUCGCCUAUCAAGUGUCGUUCUCCUCGACAUGCUCCUCCGCGGCUCGACAACGCUCCCCAUACUGGCGAGCUACGUCGCCGACAUCUUCGAGCUGUGCGACACAACCCCACCCCUACUACCCCAAGACAACGCGCCCGAACAGGACGUGGCUGGGAGGGCCUGA